AACGGGAAAUCUCUGCGCGCCGCUACUUCAGGAACGAGAGCCAGCCCUCGCGAUUUCUUGUUCUCACGUCGAACUCUUCCCCCUGCCGACCACCCAACAAACUCUCCUCGCGUUUCCUCCAGCUCUUUCUCUGUUCGGUGUUUCCUUUGUUGAACCCAAGAAGUUAGAGUAAUCAGACGCUGUGAUGGACUCUGUUGGGAGUGGAGGGCGACCCGAGGAGGAGACUCGUGUGGUGCUCUCUCCGCAAUCUUUGUCCUUUCUUGGUGAAGGAAUCUCACUUAUGUUUUCUCGCUGGACGGCACUCCAGAUGGCUGUGGAGAAUGGAUGGGGUGGGCAGGAAUCCCGGUCCAAGUCUGAGGAGCUUGUCUCCACUGUUCUCUCAUGGUUCUCCCAAUCCAAAGGUCCACUUUAUAUUGAUGAUUUGGAAAAUAUGCUUGAAGAGAAUAUGGAGGAAUUAUUCAAUACAGAAGUUGAGGACGGUAGCAUUGAAGAGGUUGCUGAAGAAUUGGUGAUUAUGCAUGAAGAUUUUCUCAAGGGAAAUUAUGAAUCAAUUGAAAAGCUGAGGAGGUUAGGUCCCAUAGCUACCUCGGUUGCUCAGAGUAAAAAGAUAGUUGACUAUGAUAGUGAUGAGGUUUCAGAAAUGAUUGUUGAUGAAUCAAAUGCGAGUGACAUGGUCGUCGAAAAGCCAAAGUCAGAGCGAGUUCCUGACGAGGAUGGAUGGUCGACCGUUACUUCUCGACGCAACAAGGGCAAGAAAUCUAGAUGAAAGCGAGAGUGAACAAUUAUAUACCAAUCAAACAAAAACUUGAAUCAGAUGCUGUUGAUAUGAUUCCAAUUUUCUUCAAAUGCUUGCUUGUUACACUCUUUCAAUUUUGAACUUAUUAAUAAAAAAAUUGACAUAAAA